AUGGUCAUCGCCCGCUCAGCCAGAAGGGCAUUCGACGUCAGAAAAGGGUAUUUUCCAAAAGCUGUUAUCACGAGAGCUCACUCAAAAAUUACAGGUAGGCAUAUGGAGACACAUUUUCCAUCUGUCCUGAUAUCUCCCAGGCCUUAUGUUGCAUAAAUCUCUCUUCCUGAAGUUGUGAGAAAUGGUAAGAACCAUCUGUAAUCUAUGGAUGUGCAGGCGUCUCCAUGCAACAACACCUCAGACCCUCUGUGCUAUGAGGAAGGAUCAGGCACAUUAGCUGUGAUCAUUAUCCCCACUCUCCUGGCUCUCAGCACAGUGGUUGUUGUGACCAGCAUACUGUGCAGUCUCUUCUGUAGAAGAAUAGCAACACCAGAGAGGACCUCCAUCCCUGCCCAUUACACAAAUUGUGCAGGUCAGGAGUGUGUGUCCACUAGCCCAGUGGAUCCAUGGGAGAUCCCAGGAGAAUGUACUCUGGAGGGGCUGGAGUUCUGGCAGCCUGGCCACUAUGGUCCUAUCUGCAGAGGCACAAUGAGAAGAAAGGAUAUACCCAGUGCUGUGGUGGUCAAGACACUCCGAGGUGGCAUAAAUCAGCCUGAGGCAAAGGAGUUUGUUGACUGGAUCCUUUUCCAUGGUAAAGUGUGUAAACACCAGAACCUGGUCCGGAUGCUGUACUGUCAGACACAGAGACUACCCAUGUACCUGGUACUGGAGGCCUGUAGUCCUGGCAACCUCCUGCACUACCUCUGGACCCUGAGAAAUAGUGAUUCGGAGUCCUUGAGUCCACUGCAACACUUUUCAGAGAGAUCAGUGUUUUUGGUGGCAAAGCAGGUGGCAGCAGGCCUGGACUAUCUGUUGUCAGAGCACAGGCUUGUACAUGGUAAUGUCGCUGCACAGAACGUCCUGAUUGGUCCAGGGUUCUCUGUGAGGGUGUCUGGAUUGGGCCUGGCCUUCGAGGUCCGCCAGCGCCAGACUGACAAACUGGCCAAUCGCAGGUGCCAGAAUGACAAGCUGGCCAAUCAGAGAACAGCUGAGGUCCCUCUCAAAUGGCAGGCUCCAGAGAGGAUAAUGAAGCACCCAACCACAGACAGGAGUGAUGUAUGGUCUUUUGGAAUAUUUCUGUAUGAAUUGAUCACAUUGGGCUCUCCCCCCUACCCUGAUCUGGAGCCGGAGUGUGUGUUCCUCCACCUACAGAAAUCAUACAGGAUGAAGAGGCCAGACAACUGUGGAGGGCCCUUGUAUGACCUGAUGAAGUACUGCUGGAUGUGGAGCUUCAAGGACCGGCCUGUGUUCUCCGCCAUCAUCAAGCUUCUGGGGUCUUACACAUACCUUGCUGGCACUACAGACAUCUACAUCCCAGAGGGCAUGGACAUCAUUGACUACAGCAAGAGGGCAGGUGUGCUGCCCUAAAUAUCUAGCCCAAGGCAUCACAUUCAUGAAUAAAGAGGCUAGCUAGAAGCAAGGAGUGAGUCCAUUACAAAGCAUGGCUGUAGUUGAUUUUAGGUUGAUGUGUACUGUACUGUGGUAUCAAAUGUGUUAUAAACUUUCAGAGAGAUUAUUUUAUGAUGCUGAGAUGAAAUUUUGUAAAUGGGUUAACAUAAGGGUGCAUGAGGGUGUGGAAGUAUUGUAUGGAGGAUGCAACCUAGCCUUAUUGUAAGAUUGCAUUUUUGGAUGAGUGUCCCUUUUAGCACAUAAAUGGAUGUCAGGAAAAAAGAAUCUGCCACUAUAAUGUUAUUGUCACGUCACAUUUUUGGCCCAUCACAAGUGAACAUAUUUUAAGAACUUGUACAAAUGUAAGAAGUGUUCUUAAUGUCAUAUUGUCCCCAGUGUCAUGAAACCAGGCAAGUCAUUAUAUCACCACUUUUUUAAUUGUCAAAACAUUUACAUAAUUUAAAAGAUAUAUUUUACUUGUUUUUAAUUGGGUGAGGAUAACUAUUGUGCCAUUAACGGUAGUAAUGAGACAUGUAGUAUUGUAGCCAUACAGUUAGUGCCCACAACGAGACUGUCUUGAAGUCACUGUGAUCACGCUAUGUAAAACUGUACUGCACACACUCCACUGUUGAUUUUCAUAACAUUGCUUAUCAUUGACCAUGAUGCCAACAAACAAGUAGUUUGGACCACAUGGAGGUGACAUUUAUAGUUUUACUGUCCUGUUGCUAUUGUCAGUCAGUCUCUAAAGACAAUUCAAAACAAA